AGUAGGUAGAUGCUGAGGAGAGAGACGCAGGACGGAAAAUACAACAAGUGAGUGAACUGUUGCUCUGCAAAUAAAGUCGCUCCGCAGCGGGAUUUCGGCCGGCUGAAAGUCUUUAAAAGUAACUCGUCAGAAUGUGUGAUUUUAAUUGAAGGUGAGCGACGCGACUUUGAUUUGAAUUAUUAUUAUUGUUUAAUUUUGUUCCUUCCCUCCGUGUCGGACUGCUGUAAGCGUUGCUUUCAUCAUUUCGGACAACGCGGUCCGGACACAAAGCAGGAGUCCUGUACGCUUCAAGUUGAAAUCUUAGGGUGACUUUGAGUUUGCACCGGAGCGCAACUUCACCCGAUGCGACGGGGAAAGCGCUCCGUCUUGGAAGGAUUUCAUUCCGGUCUUGGACCAGUUUUCUUGCGACGUUUCUGAACCUGCAGCAUGGAAAAAACAACAACACUGAGAACCAGGUAGAAUAGAAAGAAAAAGACUAGAUUCAGGGAUCUCCUGUGAUUCUAUAAUACAAUGUUUUCUGCUUCAUCCAAGCUGCCUUUAAAACAAGCUUCCACUUUCAAUGCAAUUUGGCUUGCUCUUUUCUCAUAAUUUUCCCCUUUAUGACCUGUAACAAAUCUGUACUUGGAAUGGAGGAGUAGACUGAAGAAGAGGCUCCAACAACACACACAUAUAGAGAGAGGGAGAAAAAGAGAAAGAGAGAGAGAGAGAGACUGUGAGAGAGAGAGAGACAGAAAGAGAGGUGCAAGUCCAUCAAAAGAGCCGAGAUUUAGCAGUUUCCACGUUCUUCUCUUCUCAUUCCUGAACAGACUAAAAGUGCCCUUCCCUAAAUGUGGUGGGUGAGAUGAACUCCAGUGGGAAUACUGUAGACCCCACCUGACAGCUCUCUGCCUGAGCAACUGAAAGCUUUUCACUGCAGCCUCCACAACCACAGAAGAAAUAAAAAAGCAAUUAUCUCCAAUCCAACAUCUCAACAGUAAUUCAAAUAUAUAUGUUGUUUUUGUCUUGAAAAUGAUGUGUUAUCGUUAGAUAGGUUGACAGCCCUCUGACAUUGUUAACCAGAGGAAACGGAAAAAUAAAAGGAUACAAAACCAACGUGCUGAACACCAAGAAAUGGAAAACCCUAUUUGUCAUUCUCUACCCAACUUUGGAUUUUCUCUUGUCUGAGACUUGCCUGUCCCACGCCUAGACUAGUCUCCCGUUUCCGUUCUCUUCAUCCAAACAAUCAAAUAUUUUCCUCCUCCAUCUUAUUGAUCCAGUUAAUUUCUUCAGCUUUCAGCCUGGCCGGCACAACCAUUCCAGCUAAAGGGGAGGAGGACCUCCUCACGCUGGCCGCCUCCCGGCUCAGCCACAAGAAACGUGUCAUUGGGGCUGGAGUUGGCGUGGCCAUGGUCCUGGUCCUGCUGGUUGCCAUUCCCCUAUUGGUCCACACCACCAAGGCAGGAGGGUCCGGAGGAGGGGGCACGCAUUACGAGAUGCUUGGGAGCUGCAAGAUGGUGUGUGACACUUUCACCCCCCCACAAGGAGAGCUGACAGCUGUCUCACCUCAGCCCCCAGACUUCUCAAACCGCAGGAGCAAACAGGGGUACAGAGGGAGCCCCGGACUUCCUGGACCUCCUGGUCCUAAAGGGCCCCCCGGAGAGCCUGGCAAGCCCGGCCCACCUGGUCCACCAGGGCCUGGACCCGGUGGCUACGGCCAAUCCUUCUAUAGUCCCAAAAUCGCCUUCUACGCAGGCCUCCGGAAACAACACGAAGGGAGUGAAAUACUGAAGUUUGAUGACGUGGUGACCAAUGUAGGGAACUACUACGAACCGAGCACCGGCAAGUUCACCUGCCCUCUGCCUGGCAUCUACUACUUCACCUACCACGUCCUGAUGAGAGGAGGGGAUGGGACGAGCAUGUGGGCUGACCUGAAGAAGAACGGACAGGUGAGGGCCAGUGCAAUCGCUCAAGAUGCAGACCAGAACUACGACUACGCCUCCAACAGUGUCAUCUUGCACCUGGAUGUGGGGGACGAAGUGUGCGUCCAGCUGGAUGGAGGCAAAGUUCACGGCGGAAACACCAACAAAUACAGCACGUUCUCUGGCUUCCUCAUCUACCCUGACUGACAGUAUACUCACCUUUAUAUACUCUCUUUCUGUAAUCAAGCAAAAAUUGUCCUCUCCUCUCUUCAUCUAACACUACCACAACUACAUUAUGUAAUCUGUCAUUUCAUCGCUCUUCAGUACACAAAACAUGAAAACAUGUAAUAACAUGAUCAUUGUUAACAAAUUUGUUUAAAAAAUGCAUAUAAUAUUGUAUAUAUUACCAGUUAGCAAUCUGAUACACACUUGUGUAAUCAUUAUUCAAGAUACUCAUGUACAGUAGGCUAUGUGUACGCAUGGGUAAAACACAUGAUGCACAUCUGUUUUUACAUUGACACACACACACACGGCACACACACACACACACACAUACACCCACACACACAUACACCCACACACACACACACACACACACACACACACACACACACACACAC